AGCAGGAACGUAAACACAGCGGAGUGACAUUUCUUUUGUUGUUUUUCAUCAUGUUUGCCUCUGUUUUACCACAUACAAGCGUCCGUCGGGUUGGGGAUCGAUGUUUCUCAGAUGCCAACUGCAAGUCGGGACUAUCUUGCCGCAAGUGGACUGGAACUGGAUGCAACAGUAAAAGAUGUGUCCGCACAAUAGUCGCUAGCCCGUUCGACACAGUUGACAACUCACUGCCAUUCAACAAGUACGCGUUCCUCACGACGCACAACUCAUUCUCAAUAGUAACAGAUAUUCCACUCUUCACAUUGUACAACCAGGAAGAUUCGGUCACCGGUCAAUUGAAUAAUGGCGUCAGAGCACUGAUGCUGGAUGUAUACGACUUCCAGGACGACAUAUGGUUGUGCCAUUCAUUCGGAGGAAUGUGCUUGGACGCCACCGCCUUUGAGCCCGCCAUAGGUACCAUGAGGGAAAUAGAGGCCUUUCUUGUAAUGAACCCGUCAGCGGUCGUGACACUCAUUCUCGAGGACCAUGUCAAGUCUCACCGCGGCCUCUCCAAGCUGUUCAUCAAGACAGGCCUCACCAAGUACUGGUUUCCGGUAUCGAGGAUGCCACGGAACGGGGAGGACUGGCCCCGUGUCAGCGACAUGAUCAAGCUCAACCAGCGUCUCCUUGUCUUCACCUCCAACCCAUUCAAGGAGUCAAGUGAAGGAAUUGCGUACCAAUGGAACUAUAUGGUCGAAAACAUGUAUGGUGAUGUCGGAAUGAAUUCUCGUGUCUGCCGCAAUCGCUCCGAAUCGGCUGUCCUAAGCGACAGAACUAAAUCAUUGGUUCUUGUCAACUAUUUCCGCACGCGGCCGGUCCAAGGGACAGCAUGUAUGGAACACUCGCGAGGGCUCGUGGAGGUGCUCCACACAUGCCACGCUGCUUCCGGCAACCGUUGGGCUAACUUCUUGGCUGUGGAUUACUACAAGAGAAGCAAUGGUGGGGGCGUCUUCCAAGCUGUGGACAUGCUGAAUGGGAUGCUAAUCUGCGGCCACGAUGAUGUGCAUGCUUGCGGCGGGCGGACAAGUCCACACUUGUUCUUUUUUCGUUUCCUUCUUGGCUUGUUCUUGAAGCCUGCUGCCUACUUAUGGCGGGCUGUUCUCUUGUAGUAGAAACGAACUCUCAAGGGCCGGCAUGCUUCGCAAACUUGGAGAGUUGAGGUAUGAUGCAAACACGAAAUGACAAGUCAUGCUCUAAAUGGAGUUUACAAAUGGUCUCUACAUUGGGCUACUUGACUAUUAUUAACUGCACUGUUGUACGUAUUUGCAAUCUAGACACACUGCACGAUAUUGUAAA